GUUGUGUGUCAUUCCACCAUUUGUAAUAUCCGCCAUGACAGCUGAUGUCUUUUCCAGCGCUUGACGUUUAUUCGGAACAUGACAUUUUGUAGAUUGAAUUUUAACAAAUGGCAGACUCUUUUUUCGGAUUUGAUACAUCGGCAGCAGGCCAAGGAUUGGACGACGGAAUAGAUUGUCCCAUAGAAGAAGAAGAAAUAGCCGAAGAAGAAGAAGAGUACGAUGCCCUGAACGACGAGACUUUUGGCUCUGAGGCAACAGCUGGUGACUGGGAACGAGAUCAUGAAAAAUUGGCUCAAAUCACCGAAUCUGGGAGACUGCAACAUCAUAACACGAGUGACAGCAAGAAUGGAAUCGACAUCGAUAUCGAGGACAAUCUUUCGCAUUUGGUGCUUGACGAGAAGGAUGGAAUUGUACCGAGACCGGGUGUUUGGGACAGUCCCCCAAAUUUGCCUGUUCAACGUCAGAAGACUGCUCAAACUUUGACAUCGUUGAAAAAUGUUUGCACCGUAGAAGAAUUGGAGCGAGGUUUGAUAAUAAAUCGUCCGCCUCCGGGUCUUAGUAAACCGCCGUUGAUCCAGCAACAACAGCCACAACACUUGGGAGGACAAUUUUUGUUCGACUCGUUAUCCCUUGGCGAACAACAGUUGAACCUCCCACCAAACUUAUUGAAUGGCCUUCCACCACCACCUCGUUUUCCACCUGGAUUGGGUCUCCAAGGCCCGCAUUCGGUUGUUCCACCACCUACAUUGCGACUGCCUCAUCCACAAUUUAUGCAAAAUCCUCGAGGUUUGCCCAACCAAACCGGAAAUAUGCUGAGGUAUCCGUUGCCUCCUCCUCAUUUAAUGAUACCGCAUGGAAACCAGCGUCAACAGCCACAUGGUACUUUCUUUCCUGAAAGUUUGAAACAAACGUUGACAAAAAAAGUCGUUCGUACUGACGAAAAUGUGUCAGGCCGCGUUGCGGAUUACGCUCAGAGCGUACACAAGCGUAACCCGCCACCACCACAUCCGAGCUUAGGACCACCGCAAUUUUUACGCCCUUCCGAGCAUCCGAUGCUGUCACAAUUCUCCAACAACCAUCCUCUGUACUCGCAUCAUCAGCAACAACACCAUCAACAGCAACAACAACAGCAACAACAGAAUCAGCAACAACGAGAGCAUCAACAGCACGGUCUGAAUCAGCGCAAGCAAAAUCGACCUUACCAGCAAAACGAUCAGCAAGGACCUCAUCAGCCAUUUUUUAAGGACAACCAAUAUCCUUAUCAAAAUCGUAACAAUCAGAGGUACAACCAGCAGCAUCAUCAUCAUCAUUCGCAGAAUAUGAACGGCUCCAAUGAAUCUGGUGAUUACGAUGAGUAUGCUGGGCUAAUGACUUCUCGAGAAAAGCAGUGGCUGACAAAUUUACAGCUGUUACAACACAAUACAAAUCAGCCUUACGUUGAUGAUUAUUAUUACACCGUAUUUUGCCAACGCUUAAAUAAGAAAAAUGAGAAUCAAGAGCAGCGAGAAAAGAAACACCAUAACAACAACGGUUAUCACCGCGAUUCCAAAGAUCGAGAUCAAUCUCAGCACGUUUUCACCACUAAGGUCAUUUACACGCCUACCCAAUUUGAAAACUCCCUGGGCAAACUUCAGUGCGGAAGCGUUACAGCUCCUCGAAAGAUCAUUGACAUGGACGUAGUUCCCAACAGUGAUCCACAAGCAAAUCCACCGCCUCAGGCCAAAGAGACUAAAAAAACCCGACAACGUCUCCUAGAAAUCGAGAGGCUUUACACAAUUCAAUUAAAACUCGAGGAUGCCAACAAUCCGUUGGCACUUUUAGCCGAACAACAGCAGCAACAAGCCGAAGAGGGAGAACCUAAGCCAGUUAAAAAAACUCCUCGAGAAUUGAUCAAUGCCUUGCUCACCUCUCUUUUGCAACUUUUAGAGGAGGACAAAUUAGCCAGUAUACUCAGUAUCCGUAAAGGAAAGACUUUAUUACUACGAUUUUUACCAUAUCUAAGCGUAACGGAAUAUUCGAAACAACUCGAGGAAUUGUGGGUUGGUUUGAUUCGGAAUUUGCCGAUAAUCGGACGUCGCGAUCCCAAUCUCUUGACUCGUUUCUUUCCCGAGUUUCACAAUUGGCUCGAAACGGUGCACGAAUCUUUUGUACUUCUUCGUAUAGCGAGGAGCUUUACGGAAUCGUUAAAUCAUAACACCAAAACCAAUAGCCUUUCCUUCGCUGUAACCAACAAGUUCGGUGUUUCGGUGAUGGCUUCGAUGCUGGAACAAGCAGAAAGCGUUGUUUUCAGCGUGAAGCAACAGGCCGCGGAAUGGUCAAACUUCAUAAUAAGUUUGGCGGACGCGAUUGGUUCGUCGCCACCGAGUGUGGCGCCCUGCCAUCCGAUCGCGGCAAACACGCUUAACGAGCAUCUCAACCGAAUUGGCAAUCUCUCUACCGAGAGGUAUGCCCCGUUGGAGUUAUUGUUGACCGACGCGAAUCCUUCUCGAUAGACUGCUAAAAAAUUUUCUUUUUUUAUCUCCGAGUUGAUUGUAAGUAUUUUUUCAUUCGCGAGCAAAUAUGUGCGAGAGGAUGAGGGGAAAAAGGAAAGAUAAGGGAGAAAGGGGAAAAAGAAAAUUUUGCAUCGAGAUUUCCUCUUGCUAUUGAAGAGCUCGCACAAGCUCGCUCUCCUUUCAAUUACAAAUUAUCUCGGAGUAAUGGAAAAAAUUAUCGUUGAUAACAAUAUUUUAGAGACUAUACAAAGGGAACGAAAAGAAACAAAAACAAAACUAUCGUAACGAGCUGCUGCACACAUUCAGUUGUCUUUUGGGUUUCUUCGACGAAUUCGAUAAAGAAUUAUGUGUAUCUAUAGAUUUAUAAAUACGUUUAUUCUUAUGUUUUUUGUUUCUUUCAAUUAUCAUUUGCGACCCUCUUUGUAAAUAUGAAUUUACGAAUUCGUGUCUGUAAAUACUAGUUGUUUCUUCUUUCGUUUCCUUUUUAUUAAGAUUUUUUUUUCAAACUUUCGCAGGCACGCUCAUUGACCAGAAUAUGUAAACAAAUAUUAUGAUAACAUUUUUUGCAGUUUUACUAAACCCCCGCGAACGUCGUCUCAAUCACUUCUUCCGAUUCUGUGUCUUUGUUUUUCCAAUAAGACUAUUUUUCAAAAAUUCGACUAUAGACGAAAGUGAGCAGUUCUGCGUUUCUAAAUUCUAUGAAAAAUCGCCUUUUUUCAUUUAUCCAAUUCCAUGAAAUUACGAAAAUAUGAAAAAUUUUUCAAUAUUUUUAAUAUUUUUUCCCACCCCAUUUUUGCUCUUUCGACCUCAUGCAUAAAAUCAUAUUAAAAUCUCCUAUCCAAAAUAAAGCAUUGGCAUUUUAUCAUCGAAACUAACGAUUUCCCAGCUUUUACCAUCGUCAACGUUCAAUCGUUUUUAAAUCAGACUUCAAAUGAAAUUAGAGAUUUUUCAAUACGAAUCAUUUGAAAAACUGUAAAGAAACGCGAAAUUUUUCUCAGAUUGAAAACGAAAAAAAAAAUAAUCGACAAACGUACGAGAGGAAUGUGCAGCAGUGGUUGAUAAAUUUGUUAUCCUUAAGGGGGAAAAAGAAACGUGCCUAAUGUAACCAUCCCUGAAGACGAUACUAUUGUCUUGACUUUUUUUUUUAUUAAUAUCAUUAUUAUUAUUAUCAUAACUAUUAUUCACAUUAUAAUUACAAUUUUUUUUCCGUAUUUGUCCCGUAAAUCUCUGUAAUAUGCUUUGGAGAUCAUUCGUCGGGUUAAUAACGCAACUGACAUUUUCGUUUUAUUAUUUUUUUCGAUUAUAUUGAGAGAUGGUCAAAGCUCUGUGAACGAGAGACUAAUUACGAUAAAAGUAAAAAUAAAAUAUUUGCAUUCGGAGGCCCAUAGGUUGCGCUAUAUUCUUCUUAAAAAAAGUAACCGGGCAACGAGAGAGAGAGAGAGAGAGGCAAAGAGAAGAAAAGUGACGAAGGAAUACUUGUACAAAAAUCGUGUAAUUUAAAAUAGAAUGUUUUUUCUCUCGAAGAUCCAGCAUUGAAUUAAUUCCCGUUGAUUUUAAGGCAAUGGACUCGGAAAGAGAGCGAGUCUUAUUCGAUUUUAGUUUUUUGUUUUUUUCGUGGGGAACUUUUAAGUUGAGCCUUUAUCUCGUAAAAUUGAAUAUAAAUUUUAAAGGAUGCUCCGUCUGAGCUUUCUUGAUCGAUCGUUGACUGAUAUUUGUUGUGUUGAACAUCGUUCGGAACGUACAAAUUCAUCAAACUGCGAUACCGAAUAAAAACACAUAGUGAAAAAAACAGUUAAAGAAAAAUGACCUCGACUUAACCUAUUGAUUAAUAUGUUCAAUAAUAGGCGUCGAGAAUCUAACAACGUUUAUCACUAAUUGCGCAGUUUUUAGUGUGUUAAUGAAGAAUAAAACAGAAAGUACACGAGUACAGAGAGAAAAAAAUGAAUUUUUUCACUACAAUUGUUAUCACGAAAUAAUAGGGAAUGUAGUAUGGCAAUUGUGGAGUGCUUUCGUCAUGAUACAGUGCUCAAUGUGACAAGAAUUCGAAGAAAAAUAAAUGAUUUUCACGAGCUCUUGAAUUUUGUCUAUUUUUCGUUGUUCUUCAAAUAAUUUUCGUUUACUUUUUUUUUUACAUAUCUUUGCUACAAGGGCUUGCUUUCGAGCACGUUUAACAUAAACGCAGCCAAGUAUUGAUGCUUCCUCAAAUAUACGUUUGGAAUUACGAUUGAAAGAAAAAUUGGUUAAAUUGUUAAAUAAGAAAAUAACGCAACUCCACUCUUUACUGCUCCAGCCCAUUUUAACUCUUACAAAACCUUGAACUUAUGAGAUUCCUUGGGAAUCGCUGAAUAUUGCGAAAUUUGAGAGAUUUCAUAAAUAAAAAAUGUUGAAAAUACUUAAAUUGCGAACAAUCUCCGUUUCAUCACUCUGCGAGUUCGAACGGAAAAAACCAUUUUUUAGACUUUUUACAUCUAGAAGUAUGUAUUCACCUUCGAAUGUGGUUUCUCCAUUGAGAUGAGCUGCAGAGUAAAGUUAUCAUAGAAAAUUUUUUCAUCUUUCAAACAAAUCAGAAUUGAAAGCAUUGUCUAUCAAGAAUUUCAAUCAAUUGUAAUUUAACGAAUGAAGGUUAUUAUAGUUUGCGCAGCCUUGAAAAAAAAAAAAAAAAUAAAAAAAAUACAGGGUUUGAGUGAAUUUUGAAAAAAAAAACAGUGGUCGAGUUGAAUAGGGAACUGCUAUUGAGUUUAUUGAGGUAUUUAAAUUAGAGAUAUAUUUUUAUAUAGAACUAUUACGUUUAUUGUGUUUGAAUAUAGUGAUUAAUCCUAUAGGGUCUCGACGUUAAUUCAUGAACUUUUUAUUUUUUCAAUACAAUCUAUCGAUUAAUCAACAUUUUCAUGCCUCUCUUGCGUAUAAUACUUUGUAGGAAAAAAAAUAAGAGUGAGUCUCGGAGAAAUACACACGAAGAGGGGAAGUAAAAGACGAUUGUAAAUUUAUGAUGCUGCCGAAAAUAUAUAUAAAUAUAUAUAUUUAGUUAUAGUUGUGUAUGUACAAAAUUGAUCUAAUUUGAAAUCAAAGUCAUAAAUAAAUGUUUUGCAUCCUAA